AGGGAAGCAGAAGAGAACAGCUCAAGAAUCUUGGCUCAGCCUGGGCAUAUUUCCUCCUAACUCUGGCUAAACCUCAGCACGAACGGCUGGACGGAGGAGUCGAUGCGAAGCCGGGGAGGGAGGCUGCGGGGCUCCCCACCAGGACUACGGCAGAGCUUGGAGAGGCUGCAACCAUGCUUUGCCUUUGGGCGCUGGCGUUUAUUUUAGUCCUGCAGGAGCGAGAUCUUUUAGCUGCUGCAGACCCUGUCAGUGUGCUACCUGGAAGUUUGGGAAGAGGAAGCUGGUGUAACGAACACGAUACGAUGCACGAACGCUUAGAUAUUAUUGAAGAGAAGGUAAUAAAAACAGUGGAGCAUCUAGAGUCAGAAGUCAAAUCGCUCCUCAACAUCAUCAGUGAGACAACAUCGAAUAUCCCCAUCGCUCCAGGAACCCCACUUAUAGACAUUUUUGAUGAUACCAGCUGAGCACUGCGAAACCAGAAGACAGCAUGGUUGUCAUGAACAGUUGCACUUUUGUUCCUUUAAUAAGCUUGUGUUUCCAGAAUUUGAGCAGGGAUGAACAAUCCUCAGCUGUAGUUUGCCUUCUGUGUUCCUGUGCUUUAUAAUAAAGAGGUGUUUGCUUUUAGACAC